AUGCCCUCUACGGCGUCCACGCCGUCUCUCGAUCCUGCUCCUGCCGCUUCGCCCUCUGACGAGCGGAUCCCUCUUUCCUCCGUUCCCGACUUGACAAAGCUCUUUGCGCCGCUCAUCCAGGAGGCUAUCGAGCUCGAGCUCGAUGGAGAAGAAGCGUCCAGCGCCUACUAUGACGAGUUUGAGCAGCUGUACUGGAUGUACUCGGGAUGGGACGAGGAGCGGGAAGACUUUGAGCGCAAGUGGGAUCCGCUGAUGGACUGGGUGCGCGACUACAGCCAGAGGCGCUUUGUGGCUAUGAGAUCUAUGGACCGGGACGCGCAGAAGGGAUUGAUGAAGGAGUCUGCCGACCUCGCGCCAAAGUUCGCGCUCAUGAACGGUCGACCAAGAGGACCCGCAGGCCUCGCCAUCCUCCGUAAACGGCACUUUGCUCGACACCCGGUGCUCGAUCCGGCGCAGAGACUUGUUUCGCUGCCCAGCUUGAACAGCCGACGCAAGCCGUGGAAUGGACUCGCAGAAUCAGUCAAGGGCGCCAUUCACGGGCUUCUAGGACGACCGGUACUUGGCAUCUGA